GUUGGUGUGUAAGAAUCGCGUGUCGAGAGUGUUAGCGGCGAGAGUUGGAGUUCGGUUCGAAUGUGUUUUCUUGGCAAUUGCGUGAAGGGUGUAUAUUGCUGCCCUCUAAGCGUGUGUUUUUUUUAUUGGACAAAUUAUAGUGCUUAUUGGUGGAAUUGGAUUCUAAUUUACUAGCGAAAAAACGAGAUCAACUCAAAACUAUAACCAGGCGAAAAAGCAAUUAACAUAAAUUCAAUAGUGUGAGAUAAGAAUUGUGCAAAAUGAGAAUGUUUGAUGUUGGCAAAUGAAGUGAUAAUGUUGAAUGAGGUGUUGAUAAGAAUAACCAACUGAUCAUUGGAAUACAGUGGAUAGGUGAUCGUACAUCCGUUUCCGGUGGCAGCGAUUCGAGAAUGGAUUACAGCUGGUCGGACUAUGAUUCAGCAUCGACAUACUCUUGUGAAUCUGGUCUAGAGAUCCCCAAUCCUGUUGGUACACCUACGGUCGCUAAGCUGCGCCCAAAAAGUAAUUUGACAACCGAACGAACUGACUCGUAUCGCUUUUCGAUGGCAAAUUUAGAGGAAACACACGAAGCCGAGCUUGACGCAAUUUUGGGAGAGCUAAGUAUUCUGGAGCAGCGUGGAGAACUGCGUCAAUGUAGAAGUCACAGCCGAACCAAUUCGACCAUUUCAGCAGCCACGAAUGCUACUAUUUCAUCGGAAAGUGGUUGCAGUAGUGUUCCGGAUAGUAGUUCAGCCAGUAUAAGCUCCUUGCGUGAACCACGAACCGACAGUCCUGACAAUGAUUCAGCAUUCAGUGAUACCGUUUCGCUCAUGUCGAGUGAAUCGUCUGCUUCCAGUAGCGUUAGUACACAUUUGAAAAACCUCCAGCAAAAUGUUGCCAAUGCAGUCGAAUCUGGCAAACAAGCAAAGAUUCAUCUGGCACUGCAAAAACUCGAGCAGGCAACAGUGAGACGGCUGUUUGUGAAAGCUUUUUCAGCAGAUGGUGCUUCCAAGUCGCUACUGGUGGAUGAGACAAUGACGUGUGGGCAUGUUACUAGACUACUGGCCGACAAGAAUCAUGUUCAAAUGGAACCGAACUGGGCGAUCAUCGAACAUUUGCCCGAACACCAAAUGGAGCGCUUGUUCGAGGAUCACGAACUGUUGGUUGAUAAUUUGAUGCUGUGGAGUAGAGAUUCUAAGAAUCGAGUUAUGUUCCUUAAACGGCCAGACAAGACUUCUCUAUUCAAGACACCGGAAUUGUUCCUACCGGGGACACAGAUGGCUCCUGGCAGUGACCAUGAUGAGCACACUAGGGUUAUGCUUCUGGAUGAGUUCUUCUCCGGUAACAAUCAGAUUCCCCUGGAGGGGCCGUUAUAUCUGAAGAGUGAUUCCAAGAAGGGCUGGAAAAAAUAUCACUUUGUACUAAGGGCAUCGGGUCUGCACUACUACCCAAAGGAGCAGAAAAUGCGUUCAGUGAAGGAUCUUCUUUGUUUGGCUCUGUUCGCCGGCCAUGAGGUGUACCGAGGAGUGGGUUGGAAAAAGAAGCAUAAAGCACCGACGGAUUUCACAUUCGGACUGCGAUGUCCCAAGGUGCCACCGGGUGCCAAAGGAAUACGAUCCGUGAAGAUGCUUUGCGCUGAGGAUGCUGCGACGCUGGAAAACUGGGUAAUGGCACUAAGAGUCACAAAGUAUGGCAAGAAAUUGCUGGAUAACCAUCGAUCUCUUACGGAUGAUCUCGCUCGAGAGGAACUGGACAAGCUGUCGUCAGCACGAAGUGGUUCCAUGGGUAGUAUUGUAUCAUCCGUUCCGUCGCAGUGCAGUGGCAGUAGCAGUAACAGCAGUGGUAGUGGUACAAAUCAUUUAGUUCCUGUCCACAAUAAUGGACGACUGUCUCGCGCAUCAAGUUCUAGUUCAAGUGGUUGCCUGUCCGAUGAGAAUAAUGGAUUCGAUUCGGAGUUUCCUACCGGUACGAUAAAGCGGAAGCCCUCGAUGAAACCAAAUCUACCUUUGACAUCAAUGACACGGCAGUUGAAGGAAGUGGGAGAAACUACUCGAUUGAAUGAUUCCUCGCCCACGUCACCAGAACGAGGUGGCACCUUAACUCGGCGUCAUAGUCGAAGGAGAAGCGAAGAGAGCAACAAUAGUGGAACAUUGAAGCGAAGGCCUGUAAAUAACCGAGGAUCAGUAGAAAGCAUGAGCUCUUCAGCUUCGACUCCAACGCCAACUCCGACCAACAGUGUACCGGGAACUCCGGUAAUUCAUCAGCAGAUGCCAACACUAGUUAUUAAUAGCAAUUUAGUGAAAAAUAGUUUAAAUAUUACUCAGCAGGAUAAUGUAACUCCUUCAACGAAACCGAUCACUCUGCUGGAAGCGAUGCCUUCUUGCAUGACAGAUUCCACAUUCUCGCUGCCUCCACCGCCGGAUGAUCUUGGUACAAAUUUCUCAGGUUCUACAUUAUCACUAGAUUCGCUACCCCCACCACCUCCUCCAAACGAGUUGGAUAAUAGUUUUAGUGGAUCUCAGUUGUCGUUAGUAAGUGUCCAAAUGCCUCCACCUCCGCCACCAAACCUAGUGUCUGUGCAAUCUCAACCAAUGAUGGAGGACAUUAACAUGAUUUAUCAACCAAUAGUCUCUGCCACGGUUGCAAUGGCUUCCACGGCCUCUACACCUCAGAGCAUAACUCCAACAAACGAGAAUCUCGAAGUUACUAAUAGCAUUAAGCAAUCAAUUUUGAUGUUCAAUAGUCAAACGCUGCCAUCUCCGGUAACCAAUAACAAUAUCAAACUCGAGCCAAUAUACUCAAAGACUUUGAAGCCAUCCGCCCUGAAGGCUCCUCCAUAUAAAGCUCCACCGCCAUACAAUGGAGAUGCUUCGACGCCUCAAACUCCUCCGCCACCGCCGGCUAAAAGCGUGUCGUUUGCCGAAUCUCCAGUACUGCUGAGGCGCAAAGUGUGCUUUGAGGACGAAGUGCAGGAGAUGCCAAUCUCACCUCGUAGAACAUCUCGCGAUGUUUACUCUGCACCACCGCUUCCACCUCCAAGGGCCGAAGCGACACGUCUAUCGACUUCCUAUACUUCCCCAAAGCGUUUGAGUGAUUCGGCAUCGAAUCCUCCGAGAGAUUUCCUCAAAGACUUACAAAGAGUUAUGAAUAAGAAAUGGCAGAUUGCUCAAAAAUGUAAACUCGAACCGGCAACUACUCCGCACGAGGUACUCGGUUUCCGGGAUCUGCCGGCUGAAAACUAUUCAUCUCAUUACUACAGGGAAUCGGCUAACGUAAGCCAUUGGGUUCAAGAACAUUACGGUUCUGAUAGUAUGUAUGAAAACCUUGGCAGUAACAUGGGCGUCGAGCCGGCUUAUCCAAUUUCGCAACCACCGGUAGUCGGUGGUGGACCAAUCAAGAAAAGACCACCUCCACCACCCCCAAAGCGUAGCGAAAAGACACAGCUCACAACAACUGCGACGCCUCACCAAAGGUUAUAAGAUUGGGCCUUUCUCGGAUUCUCCGACUGUUUGUUGACGGUGAAGAGAACCGUCCGAUGUGAACGAAUUACCAAUGGGUCUUCAUGCAAUGUUAGUGAAGUGUAAAUAGUGACAUAGUAGUUGAUGUGGAUUGGGUUCAAACGCGAAAAACCCAAUCUAAAUACGAUUUGGCUUAACAGAGAAGAAAUAGACUGGGAUUAGUCACAAUAUGACUUGAGAGAUAGUCAAAACCGAAUGUAGCAUUGUUACGUAUAGAUCGCCAUACACGCCGACAUGUGUCGGGCAAGAUAUUGCCGAAACUCGAUUAGAAAAGAGUUGUAAUUGUGAUGAGUUUAAUGGGACGUGACGUAAUUUAUUAUUGUAAGUAAUGCAAAUAUUAGACUAAAGUACUUUAGAUUCAAUAUAUUUUACACAACCACUCACACAAAUUACACUUGUACACUAUUAUACUUCUGCUUAUCUGAGCCGAUUAGGUGAAUGAUUUAGUGCAGUUUUCUCUGUUUGAUUGACACGUUUCGGUCUAGAUAAUGCUAAGACAUCUCAAUCACUUUUGAAUCAAAUAACUAUCUUGAAUCAACACGAACAAUAUGAAGAUGAAAUAAAUUUUGGCUACAUGUGUACAUCAUAUGUUUUUUUUUUGUUCAAAGUUUUCAUGACAUGUAUGUAAAAUUUAUUAUUAAUUUGAUGGAAACACUAUUUUAUUAAAGUUAUUGUGCCAUAGGCUGACCUUGUGAACAAAAAAGUAAUAUUCAAAUAUUUAUUGUUGUAAAAGAUUUGUACUAUUCGAGGUAAAUUGUACUCAAAGUUUAAUUCGAUUCCUAAUUGAUCAGUUAGUUCACACCUAUCUUCGAAUGAAACUCUACUACUUUGGCUCAUUUGUUAUGUGUUUUUAGUUGAAGGAUGGUACGAAAUCACAUCACUUUGUAACUUUCUCGUGAACGCUACCACGGAACAAGAUAUUUGCACUGGCAACGGUAGUUUAUAUGAAGUAGAAUUUAUCCGGGAAACAAUAACUAUACGCGAUGAAGUUUUUACAACAAAAUAUACACAUGCAAUUUUGGAAUAAACGGUUUUGUACUGUCCACGUAUUGGACUUUAAAAUAUACAGAAAGGAAAUAUUAAUAAAAAUUGGUGCUUUCAUAAAAAAUAAAAUAAAAAUUAACAAUAAAAUAAAACAUAAACAAUAGCAAACAAACAUCAGAGAAAUGAGCCAACCGCUGAAUGUUGCUUAUAGCGCAAAGUUAGGACAAGAUUACAUAUUUGAUAAGCAUCGGAUACUCUGAACGUAAAAGGAAACAAAUGCCAAUAUGUAAAAGGAACUUCCUUCGUAAACUUUUAAUCGGAUUAUUCUAGAGAAAAGCGAGUUAAAGUGUUCUUUUAAUUCUUUACGCUAAAACAGAAUACAUAAACUAAUACCAUAGAAUAUUCACGCAGAAGAAGAAGGCAUGCAGCCAGUAGGAAUACUGAAAGCAAAUUAUGCAUGUGGAUCACAACAAAAAAAUUAAAAUGAAAGCCGUCUCGACUAUUUUAAGUUCAAUCACUAUCAAAUGAAGCUGAAUAUCAGUGGAAAAGGGUAUAGCAGCGCAUACUCAUGGAGUGAACUAUAGAAGAAGAAAGGAUAAUGGAAUCUAACUGAUGGUAGAUGGAAAGAAGAGAGCUAGAGAGCGAGAGAGGAUGAAAAUUCAAUUUUUAUGAAUUUGUCAUUGAUACUAUCUAUAUUCGUAAAACUAUUGCGCAAUCCUAUCUUUAUUGUAAUGAUUGCGAAACGAUUCAAAUUACGUGAAAUAAAUAUUAAAAAGGUAAUAAAA